AUGAGCCUUGAUAAAGGAAAAUCCUAUAACAAUAAACCUCCUUGUAACUGUUGUUUCCCUCUUGGAUUAAAACUUCGUCUUUGGCAUUCUACAGAAAAUCCAGUUAGUUCCGCAAUCAAUAAUAUUCAAGAAAGUGAAUUACAAAUCAAUAAUUCAAACUUAGCCGAAAUUACUUUGCC